UUGACACACAAAAUUUUGUCGAGUUUGUUUAUUUGUUUUAUAUACUUUUUUAUUUAUGCAAAUGUAUAUUUUGUUGUAGAUUUUUUAAGCCUUUAAACUUUUAUAAAAUCUAUUAAAGUCUUAGAAAUAAAAAAAAACAUGAAGUGGAAAACAACGGUUUGCAAAAUAUGAAAUUAUUUAUUUCAACAGUCAAACAUAACCUGAAAAGAAAUUUGACGUAUUAAGUUUUUGAAAAAGCGGGUAUACAUAUAAUGUUAUAAUAAAAAUGUAUCCUGCAAAUCAUAAAACAGUUUUUGUGUUAGAUCACACACCAUAUUUUGGUAUUUCAACUGAAAGUCCAUUAGAUUUUGAUUGUUUAAAAAGUAGAGGUCAAAAUCUUAUUCCUUUGGCACCAAUUUGUAAAUCACUAUGGACAACAAGUGUAGAAUCUUCUAUGGAAUAUUGCAGAAUUGUAUGGGAUUUAUUUCCCACUGGAAAAUUGGUCAGAUUCGUUGUGAGCGAUCAUGCAGCACAUAUUUUAAAUACUUGGAGUCCUUUGCAACAAAAUCUUUCACAUAUUAUGAAUGGUAUGGCUAUAAUAGGUGUACCGCCUAGAACUCAUCAACCAGGAGCUGAUUUUUCAGUUAUUCAUGGUUUAAGAGUUGCAAUUGAGGCUUUAACUGAAUCAUCAGAAAUUCAACAGGAAAAACGAUCUGCAUUAAAUGAGAAUGCAAAUAAACUUUUAAAUAGAGGAAGAGUGAUUUGUAUUACCAGUGCUAGGGACAAUAUUAAUAUGAAAAGUUUAGAAAAUAUUUUUCUCAAUGAAUUGGCACAGCAAAAUAAAAUUGCCUUGUCUUCCGAUAGAUUAAUACCGAUAAAUCAUUGUCAUUUGGUUAUUCUUAAUAUAUUUCCAAACAAUGUAGAAUCUCAAGUUACUAGUCAAAGUCCAAGAGAGGUUUCACCUCUUUUAACAAUGGAAGUUCACGCCAUGAAAGCUCCAAGUUUACAUUGUAAAUUAUCUCAUUUAAUUCUAUCACAUUACGAUUUGGCAAGUACAACAGUUACAGGAAUUCCUAUGAAAGAGGAACAAAAUGCAAGUUCUUCUGCAAAUUAUGAUGUUGAAAUUUUUCAUGCAUCUGCUGCACACACUGCAAUUCUAAAAGGAAAUCCUCAAGAUACAGCUUUAAUGAAAAUUUUCCGAAGAUUUGAAGGAGGAUCUGAAUAUGAAACAAUAACUUUAAAAUGGUGCACGCCCAGAGGUUGUAGUGCAUUAGAGAUGCAAAAUUGUACAGCAAUGCAUAGAAUUACACCAGUUGAUGUAAAUAGCAGACCUUCAUCAUGUCUUAUUAAUUUUUUAUUAAACGGUCGAUCGGUAAUGUUGGAAAUGGUGCGAAAAAGUGGUGGCAAAUCAAUAUCGCAUCUACUUGCCGCUCAUGGUGGUGAAAUAUUUAUUCAUACACUUUCAACAUCGAGAAGUGUCUUGGAAGAUCCUCCAUCAAUUAGUGAAGGUUGCGGUGGAAGAGUAACUGAUUAUAGAAUAACGGACUUUGGAACUCUAAUGCGAAAUAAUAUGCUCGUACCUCUAAAACGAACUUCUGUUGAUAUCGAUGGUCCAGCAGAGAAAAUGAGAGCAAGAUUAGAAAGACACACGAAAUAUUGGCCAGUUACUAUUUCCAAUACUUUGAUGUUUAAUUUAAAGCAGGUUGUGGAUCCAUUGCCGGAUUUAAUUGUCAAAGAUGAAUUAACGAAAGAUGAAGUAUUGCAAUGUAAACAAAUUAUAUUUGGAUUACUUCAAUUGGAAGCGAAACAUGAAUCAUUACCAUUACCAAGUAUUGGCGGUGGCCGAGGGGGAAAAGGUGGAGUGCGACGUGAAGAACAUUAUCGUCUUUUAUUCACUGAACUCGAAACAUUUUUAAAGGGACAUGCAAAUAAUUCACCUGCUCACAACGAAGUUUUCAAUUGUUUGCUCGAAGUUCGAAAUAAGGAUGACAAAGAUAAAGUGGAAUUGGAUCAGGCAUUACGUGAAUUGGACGGACUGGGAAAAGAGGAGCCAAAUGUACGAUCAACGGUUAUUCGAGCAACGACAGAUUCACCAAUGUCACCGCCACCUGUUUCAACGGCACCUGUAAAAUUGCAAAAAGGAUUGUAUGGACAGAAAAGUCUUUUGGAUAUCUGGUUACAGAGAAGUGCUCCCAAGAAUAAGACUCCUGAAUUUUGUGGUAGGCAGAAUGACGAUGGAAGCUUGAAGGCGAAAUUAUAUCCUAAUCUCAAAGAAACUGGACGAGAACCAAGGGAAACCAUGAUCGAGGGCUAAUCUCUUUAAAGAACAAUAUUCAACAAAGGACCAAAUCGUAAACAGGUAUCAGUGAUAUAAUAAAUCACCUUGUGGUUUUGAGGAACCAUUCAACACAAUGACACCUGUUGACUUGAGUCUGUCAUACAGCUUAUUUUUACACCGACAACUAUUCAAUUCCCCUCUUUUGGCAGAAAAGAGCAAAGAGAGAGAGAGAUAGAGAUAGAGAGAAAGAGGGAGACGAAAAGCUGGACCACAAAGAAUGAAAGUCAAGGAGAGGUGAAUAUUUGGAUAAUCCAAUGAAAUGUGUACCAGUAGUGCACAACGAAACAAUUGUCCUCCUCCCACAGUUUAUCGCAGCCGUCUGCGGACUGUGAAUACAUUGACCCUUGUCGGAAACUAUAGCGGCCGUGGAAUGCCCUUGCUAAUCGAUGGAAGGAAGGAAGGAAGGAGGCUGGUAUGGUACACCACUACAUAAUAUAAUGCGAGCACGUCGAGAAAAGAGGAGUGAAGGGGGAGGAGAGUUGUGGAGGAGGUGGAGGUUGGAGGCGAUGGGGAAAGAGGAAGAUGACGACGAGGGGGGUCGAGGGGAACUCAGAGUACAAGUGCGUGACGUAACGGUUCAUUCAUCUCAGGACAGACGAUAUCCCGGUCAAUGGUGUCUAUGUAUGCAAGCUGUACGUACACAAUCACGCACAAGGGGGGGCCACCUGUGUGUCAGUUUGUGCGUUUGUGGUGCAUACAUACAAAUAUUCGCACGCCGCUUUUACACUCUGAUUGUCUCUCCUUCUUUCUCUGAUAUUGGCGCAAAAACCAUCUCUCUCUCUCUUCGCUCCCACUUUUUUUUUUUUCUUUUGGAUACAGCUUCCACGUGUGUCGGUCUCGAGAGAUAAGUAAUUUAUGACCCGACUCGCAAAAACCCAUUGGCAUUCCUCUAUAAAAAAUAUUUCCCGUAAACUUUCUUAUCGAGACGAUAAUUUUUCAAAGAGAAUUCUUAAUUCCACAAGAGAGAGAAUAGUAAAUUUUUUAUAUUGAAAAAGUGAUUUUUUU